GUUGGAACAGACCAGUCAGCACUGUGGUGUCGCGAAAGCUCCACUUGGGUACUGAGCUGUCCUGAGCUGUGGUGGUGCCCGAUUUAACUGGACACCGGAAUUUCAGGAUAGUCUUCUUGCUUGAUGCGUUUCUGCUGCAAUGACACCCACAACCACCUCAUUCAGGGCUCGUUUUUGUUUGUUUCAGGGUGUCCCUGCAGCAUGGCAGCGCAGUGGAGCGGUGGCCAUUCCUGCUCCGUGCUGUGCCUGGCCGUGAGCACGGAAGGGCUGGUGGCCUCCGGCGCGGAGCGGGGCGAGCUGGCGCUCUGGGACGGGGCGGGCUCGGCCGUGGCUCAGCUGCGGCUCCCGCAGGCGGAGGACGUGACCUCGGUGGUGUUCUCGGCCCGGCGGCCCAGCACGCUGUACGCGGCCCACGGAGAGACCAUCAGCGUGCUGGAUGUGCGCUCCCUGCAGGAGCCCCUGCAGCGCUUCCACGUGAACGAGGAGGAGAUCAACUGCCUGUCGGUGAACGACGCCGACAGCUUGCUGGCUGCCGCUGAUGACUCGGGGGCCAUAAAGGUUGUGGACUUGGAAAGCAAGAAAGUCAGCCGGUCCUUGAGACACUCCAACAUCUGCUCGUCUGUUGCCUUCCGACCUCAGCGGCCUCAAAGCCUGGUUUCCUGUGGGCUGGACAUGCAGGUGAUGCUGUGGAACCUGCAGAAAGUUCGUCCCUUGUGGAGCACAAACCUGCAGGAGUGUGAGAUGGAGGAAGAGAGCCCUCAGUCAGCUGGGCAGUUCUUCAACCCACCUCUUGCACAUUCCCUGUCCGUGGCCUCCUGUGGCAACAUCUUCAGCUGUGGAGCUCAGGAUGGAAAAGUCCGAAUAUUCCGAGUCACUGGGGCCAGGUUUGAGCAUGAGCUGGAGUUCCAGGCUCACAGCCUGGGAGUCUCACAGGUGCUCUUUAUGCCUGAGGGCUACUGGUUGUUGUCUGGAGGAAAUGAUGGGAAAGUCUUGCUCUGGGAUCUCAGCAGCAACCUCGGGAAGCAGCAGAAAAGUCCAGCAAAAUCUCUGCACAGGAAAAAGGCUCAAGCAGCUGCUUGCAGCAGAAAAGAUGGGAAACUCAACAAAGCAGCCUCCAAUGAACACCCUGCAGUUGUGCCAAAGCUCAGCAUUGAGCACGGAGAGAAGGUGAACUGGCUCUCAUGUGCAGAGAUCAAAGGCUCCAGGAGAGUGUUGGUUGCUGACCAGAGCAGCUCUGUAUCAGUGUAUCCAUUGCCAGAACCUUAAGGCACCCAGGUGCUUACACAAUCUGAGGGAUAAAACCACUUCUGAGAGCCAGUUACAUGCACUGACAGUGACCUGGACAGGGAACCCCUCUGUCCCUGGGAAGGGAAGGGGUUUGCUGUGCACUCCUGGUGUCCCUGGCCUCGUGCUGGCUCUUUGUGGCUCACACAGCCACUCUCUCUUGCAGGGUUGGCAGCUUGCUGCUUGAAUUUCAGUGAAACGGGUCUCUGUAUUUAGGGGUAACAUUAGUUCAUGGCUCAGCUGACGUAAUUAAGGCUGGAGGAGAAAAUUAGUGCUCAGGAGACACCCACAAUGCCAAGUGAGGCUGCUGAGCAGCAGCAGGGCUGUCACUGGCUCAGCCCUAGGUGCUUUGGGCUGUUGCAGUGCUCUGUGUGAUUUCUCCCAUAAAGCUGUGUCCCAGCUGGCUUCAACUGGGCAUGGUGGAAUCUGGUUUUCAUCACACUCUGUCAGCAGCUGCACAGACUAGAGAUGCAUCAAUUAACAAGUAAUCAAAUGAGUUUCCCUGUGGUUGCCAACUGAAUUUUUUCACUGCAGCAAAAGAAGGAGCAGGGGAACUGUUACACCUGUUUGCUGGGUCAGCUGUCAGUUAGUUGUGUAUAUCAGGGAAAAAGAACUAUUACACUUUUCUUAAUAAAUGCUUUCUCUCUCACUCUUCCCUUGUCCUUAGAAUCACUCUAAUGGUGCCAGACCCACACAAAAUUGUGUCCAAAAGUUUAUUUUACCCCCAUCACAGGGUGAAUACCAAGGGCCAAAGGCACGGCUUCUCCUUAACUAAAUACUUCCUGUCUUCCCAAAGGUUUGAAACACAAUGAGCAGAACUUGGCUUGCUAGAAGCUUCCCUUCAUUUGCAAAUUGAAGGUAGGAAGACCUAAGUGGAAAUGUUACAGCUCUGGGCAUGUUCAGUUCAUGCUGGAUUUACCAUUAAGUGGGCAAAUUAUUUUAUAAAAGGGGAUUUUUCCUGGGUUAUCCUUAUCCUGUCACAGAACUGAAUUCCUAGUGCUGGCUGAGGACCUGCUGCCCUGGUGGGAGGUUUGGGUUUGUGCUGCUGUGUUUCACCAGCUGGGCUGUUACCAGACUCCUAUUAUAUUGGAAAAAUUUUCAGCUUUUUUUUUUUUACAUACCCAACUCUGGAAUAUCAUUAUCUGGUUGUGCUUCCUCUCUCCACUCCUUAUGGAAGAAAUUCCAACUGUCUUGGUUUUGCUCAAAGCAGCUCCUUGCAACCAAACACAACUCAUUCUCAUCCAAAUCAGAUUUUACCUUCAUACCUUUUUAAUUAAAAAAAAAAACAAAGGCAAUCUGCUUGUACAGCCUUUCCCAGCAGGAGACUUUGGCCCAAGACAUGAUCUGGUGGGCACAACAGCAAAUUGAAGCCAAAACACAGCAAUAAAAUAAAAAAAGCAGAAAA